AGAGCACCUGAUAGCUCGUUUCAAUGAAACGCAUCUUCCCAUUGCACUCUUAUUUCUGGAAGACUAAUCGCUGCUCCUGAAAGCAAAUCGAAGAAGAAAGGGGUAGAGAUGAAGGGGUAUACAAAUGGCGAGAUUCAGGACUUCGAGGACGAAACUUCGCCUGCCGGAGUAAUCCUGGGUCUUGACGGUGGCACCACCUCCACCGUCUGCAUAUGCAUGCUGGCGUCGGCAUCGAUCUCUUUCGGCGGCGGCGGCGAAGCUGCUGAAUCUCUUCCGAUUCUUUCUAGGGCUAGCGCUGGCUGUUCCAAUUUCAAUUCCGUUGGAGAAGCUGCAGCAAAGGAGACACUAGAGAAGGUUAUGGUUGAAGCCCUUUCCAUGGCUCAUUCUAAUUGCUCAGCUGUUCGGGCAAUUUGCUUGGCAGUGUCUGGUGUUAAUCAUCCUUCAGAUCAACAGAAGAUUUUGGAAUGGGUUAGAGAUCUUUUUCCUUGUUCUGUCAAGAUAAUCAUAGAGAAUGAUGCCGUAGCAGCAAUGGCAAGUGGAACACUAGGGAAGCUCCAUGGCUGUGUAUUGAUUGCAGGCACUGGUUGUAUUGCUUAUGGUUUUUGUGAAGAUGGAAGACAAGCCCGUGCUGCAGGUGCAGGACCUAUACUAGGGGACUGGGGAAGUGGUUAUGGGAUUGCCGCACAGGCAUUAACUGCCAUUAUUAGAGCUCAUGAUGGUCGUGGACCACAAACAACACUUAUGAAUAACAUCCUCAAUGUGCUAGGACUUUCAUCUCCUGACGAAGUUAUUGGGUGGACAUAUGCAGAUCCAUCUUGGGCUCGCAUUGCUGCACUUGUUCCAGUAGUGGUUGCUUCAGCAGAAGAUGGAGACGAGGUUGCCGACAAAAUACUGCAUUAUUCAGUCCAGGAGCUGGCUGAUAGUGUUAAAGCUGUCAUCCGAAGACUUAAAUUGUCCGGAGAAGAUGGAAAGAGUCCUUUUCCAUUGGUAAUGGUUGGAGGCGUUAUUGAAGCUAAUAAUAAGAAGUGGGACAUUGGAAAGGAAGUUGGAAAGCUUAUUUCAAAGGAUUACCCAGGAGUUUUCCCCAUUCGACCCAAGGUGGAACCAGCCGUGGGGGCAGCAUUAGUUGCAUUGAAUCAGUACACUAAAUCAUUCAGAGUAGAUCAAUCUAGCUGAUACAUCUAUUUAUGGAAAAAAAUUAUGUAAAUUACAGGAGAUCUUGAUGAUGCAAAAGUAGUAGAGAAAAAAGAAAUUCUCUCCAGAGCUGAUUCAUGGGUUCCAUUAGAUGUAAACUAUAUCAACUGGUGCUUGUUGCUUCGCUUCGCAUCACUUCAACUUGCUAUUUUUUUUCUCUUUUGAUCAAUUCAUCUUGGCUUCUAUUAGUUGCCCAAGGUUUAUAAUUGUUUUUAAGCUGUACAAUUGUAAUUUCUCUACUGAAAUAGCAAUACCACUUGCUUUGAUAUCUUAAUCUUUGCUUAUAUGUGCAUGUGAUGUAAAUCGGGGAUAUUAUGAAAAUAUGUUUCUUUAAAGCA